AUGACCACCCUCACUUUCCGAAGCAAUGUGGAGUUCUUCGAGGUUUUUUCAGGUGAGGCAGCAGUCACCAAGGAGUGGCAGGCAGCCGGCUACAACACAAUGAGUUUCGACAAGCUCUAUGGAGAUGGCAUGGACUUCAUCGGCAGCAAAGGGUUCACGAUUGCUAUGUACGCUGUUAUGAACGAAGUCGUGGAUGCUCUCAACGUCAUAGGUAGGCACAUCGACAAGAACGGCCGGUCCUGCUUCACCGGGAAGAAAGAUGGCCUCAAGAAGUCUGGGCCACCUGGCCACCAAUGCAUGCGCAGAAGCAAGUAG